CUCCGGCCGGCGGAGCGUCCUUCCCCGGGGAAAGUUGCUCAGCGCCCCCCGAUCGAGGGGCGGGGGGUGUCCGGGGCUGCUUCCCCACCUCCGCCUGUGCGUGUCGUCGAGCUAUUUAUUUAAAUUGCAAAUAAAGCGCGUCGGCGUCUGCCCUGCCGGGGAGAGACAGUCCAGGUGCCGCACCGGGCAGCCGGUCGGCCGGCAGGCGUGAGGCUGCCUCAACGGGCCGGUAGCGGCUGGGACGAGCCCAUGGCCGGGGGGGCCGCCCCGGUGUCCGGGGCUCUGCUCUGCGCCCUGCUCUGGGUGGUGGCGGAGGCGGCGGGGGACGGCCCCGGGGGCAGCCCCGCGCCCGGCGCCUUCGGCCGCGUCUACCGGGGAGCCGUGAACAUCAGCGCGGAGCGGGUCUACGCCUUCGCCUACAGCAGCGAGCCCGGGCAGGUAGAUGCAGUGCGAGUAUAUGUGAACAGCAGCUCUGAAAACCUCCAAUAUCCUGUCCUGUUUGUAGUUCGCCAGCAGAAGGGAGUGCUGUCGUGGCAGGUCCCGCUAAUUUUUCGAGGCCUCUAUCAGAGGACCUACAAUUACCAAGAAGUGAGUCGGACCCUCUGUCCCUCUGAGCCAACACCUGAGACAGGACCCUCUCACCAGGUUAUAUUUGUGGACGUCGCUUCCAUGGCACCAUUUAAUAUUACAUAUGAGCUGCUAGUCACCAGGCUUGAGAACUUCCAACUUGAGACCAACAAAGCCUUUAACUUCACUGCCAGCCCUUCCCAGCCCCAGUAUUUUCUGUACAAGUUUCCUCAGGAUGUCGAUUCAGUCAUUAUUAAAGUGGUGUCUGAUGCGGUCUACCCAUGCUCAGUUGUCUCUGUCCAGGAUAUCGUGUGCCCAGUGUAUGACCUGGACCAUAAUGUGGAGUUCAACGGCGUUUACCAGUCUAUGACAAAGCAGGCAGCUAUAACAGUGCAGAGAAAGGACUUCCCAGGUGAGCAGUUCUUUGUUGUAUUUGUCAUCAAGCCGGAGGAUUAUGCCUGUGGGGGUUCUGUGCCUUCCUCCAUUCAUGGGAAUGUCAACCGUACCUGGAACCUGCAGCGGACGAAGAACCUUCAAGUGAUGAUUGUGCCCUCUAUUAAAAAAUCCGUUUAUGUUCAGGCCAUGUUCUUCAGUUUCCUGAGUUUCCUUUCCUUUUACCUGGGCUCAGUGGUAGUUGCUUUUGUGCACUACAUCAGAGUUCGGAGGAAGGCUUCGGCUGGAAGAUUGAGUCCUGAGGAUGGAUCUGGGAUUAUGACGUCUUCUCACCCCAUCACAGCCGGCACCCCUGAGGGAAGCAGCUAUGGUGCUAUCGAUGAGUCGAGCUCCAGUGGUGGACGUCAGUUGUCUUCCCCUGAGCGCAGGCCGCCAGCUGGUUCCGACACAGACAGCUCUGUGGAGGAGGAGAGUGACUUUGACACCAUGCCAGAAAUUGAAAGUGAUAAGAAUGUCAUCCGCACUAAGGUGUUCCUCUAUCUGUCCGACUUAUCCAGGAAGGACCGAAGGAUUGUGAGCAAAAAAUACAAAAUCUAUUUCUGGAACAUCAUCACCAUUGCAGUGUUUUAUGCCCUGCCGGUCAUCCAGCUUGUCAUCACUUACCAGACGGUAGUGAACGUGACGGGCAACCAGGACAUCUGCUACUACAACUUCCUGUGUGCUCAUCCCCUUGGGGUGCUGAGUGCUUUCAACAACAUCCUCAGCAAUGUGGGCCACAUGCUGCUGGGCUUUCUCUUCCUCCUUAUUGUCUUGCGCAGAGACAUUCUCCACCGUCGGGCCAUGGAAAUGAAAGAUAUCUAUACCCUGGACUAUGGGAUCCCAAAGCAUUUUGGUCUCUUUUACGCUAUGGGUAUCGCUCUGAUGAUGGAAGGGGUGCUCAGUGCCUGUUACCAUGUCUGCCCCAAUUACUCCAAUUUCCAGUUUGACACCUCCUUCAUGUACAUGAUUGCGGGACUGUGCAUGCUCAAGCUCUACCAGACCCGCCACCCAGACAUCAAUGCCAGCGCCUACUCUGCCUAUGCCUCAUUUGCUGUGGUCAUCUGUCUGGCCGUCCUUGGAGUGGUGUUUGGAAAAAAUGACAUGUGGUUUUGGGUUAUUUUCUCAAUGAUCCAUGUUUUGGCCUCGCUGGCUCUCAGCACCCAGAUCUACUACAUGGGCCGCUUCAAGAUCGAUGGCCCUGACUCAGACCUGGGGAUCUUUCGACGGGUAGCAAUGGUGCUGUACACGGACUGUAUCCAGCAGUGCAGUCGACCAAUGUACAUGGACAGGAUGGUGCUGCUCAUUGUUGGAAACCUGGUCAACUGGUCCUUUGCUAUCUUUGGCCUGGUAUAUCGGCCCAGAGACUUUGCCUCCUACAUACUGGGGAUCUUUAUCUGUAACCUGUUGCUGUACUUGGCUUUCUACAUCAUCAUGAAGCUCCGCAGCUCUGAGAAGCUUCUGCCGAUCCCCCUGUUCUGUAUUGUGGCCACAGCAGUGGUGUGGGCAGCCGCCCUCUACUUCUUCUUCCAGACCCUCAGCAGCUGGGAGGAGACUCCAGCAGAGUCCCGUGAAAAGAACCGGCCAUGCAUCCUGCUGGGCUUCUUUGAUGACCAUGACGUCUGGCACUUCCUCUCCGCGGCUGCCUUGUUCUUCUCCUUUCUGGUCCUGCUGACACUGGAUGAUGACCUGGAUGUGGUGCGCAGGGACAAGAUCCCAGUAUUCUGAGUCCCCCGGGGGCAGGGGCGUUCCCAAAUUGCUCAGCCAAAGGCACUGGGCCACUGGAAUCUGUGAGGAAUGAGCCUGCUUCUGUGGCUGACAACCCCAUGGGAGCAGGGGAGCCAGAUCCUAUAGCAAGCAUGGAAGGGGUACUGCGGUAACUGAGGUGGGACCGGGAGGGAAGACUGUUUGCUCCUUUCCCACUGCAUCCUCUGGGGCAGGCACAACACUGCUGCUGAGGCCAGAGCGCAGCCUUCUGGUGGGUAGGUGUGGUGGGUGCUGGAGCCAGUGAAGAGAGAGGAAACAAGGAGGUGCGUUUGAGACCUUUGCUUCCCUUCCUCCCUGCUGAUGUGCCCCGCUUCCUCUUUGGUGAGCAGGCUUGACAAGUGCAAUGCAGCUCCUCCUGCAUCGUCAGCCUGUACCCUGUAGGCUGCUGCCCUUGGAGAGUCCCUUCUGCAGCACGGGGAGAGCUCUUGGUUCCUGUCCUGCAACUGCCAAGUGAGCAAAGGACUCCAAGCUGAGGUGGCAGUGGUGGACUCGUUUCUCUUCUCUCUUUUUUUUUUUUUUGUUUUUGUUUUGUUUGUUGGAGAGGCUCCUCCUGUAGCCUGUGGGGGAGCCACAGCAACAAGAGAAACAAGCCCAAGGGACUGCAGUGUUGGAGGGAGAUGGUAGACUAGAGCUGCCCAUGAGUGCUCUGCCAGAGGCAGAACCUCCUGCCUUGCUCUUGUGGCAUCUUUCGCUUACGCAUGUUGAACAGCCUCACUUCUCUGGCAACUCCUGUGCAGGCGCUUGUCAGCGUCAUGGACUCCACAGCACCAGAAAUGCUGCCCUCAAGUGACCCUAAGAGAAAUCGUGUGGUGAAGCCACAGCCUUGUGUGCUGGGCAACUCCAUGGCUCCUGCUGCGUGGCCUUGCUAAAGGGGCAAGGUGGAACAGGGAGGCUGUCCAGCAGCCUCAGACGUUCUCCUCCCACAGGCUUGCUUUAGGCAAACUUGGUAAAUCAGGUUCCCUUAUGGCCUGUGAGUGUGGAGGAGGUUUGGGGGCGGUUGGGGUUGAGCUCUCUAGCUAAAGAUCUGGACCAAACUUCUUUCCUCUCCAACUUUUCUGCGUCUGAAGCAAGUUUUUAAACGGUUUCUGCUUUCUUCUCGAGUUCUCAGUUAUUUAAAAAACAAGAAUAAGGUGUGAGUUAUUUUAGGCCUUGCAUCUAAAAUGUG